AUGGUCCUCAGCAAGUACGGCGUGGCUAUCUGCACGCUGAACCAGUUUGCGCUCGAUUUCGAGGGCAACCUAGAGCGCAUUCUCUCGAGCAUCGACCGCGCCGUGGAGCUGGGCGCCAGCGUCCGCGUCGGCCCCGAGCUCGAGGUGACCGGCUACGGCUGCGAGGAUGCCUUCUACGAGGUGGACACCGUCCACCACAGUUGGCAAGUGCUGGCGGCGGUGCUGAAAAGGGGAUAUCGCGACAUUCUCAUUCACAUCGGCAUGCCCGUGCUGAAGGACUCGGCGCUGUACAACUGUCUGGUGGUGGUGCUCAAUUCGAAGAUUGUGAUGGUGAGGGCGAAGAACCGAUUGGCCGUCAAUGGAAACUACCGCGAAAACCGCUGGUUCACCGCUUGGGGCGACGGCACCGCCCCCUCAAUGGCCUGGCUCCAGCUGCCGGCGAUGAUUCGCGCCAUUACCGGUCAGCGACGGGUGCCCUUUGGCGAUGGCGCCAUUCUCGAGGUGAUGAACGAUGGUGGUGGCUUUAAAGAAGGCGAUCAAAGCGGCCUCUUUGACCUCUCCGCCAGCGCCACCGCCGGCCUGCGCAUCGGCUACGAGAUCUGCGAGGAGCUCUGGCAGGCGGACACGGCCAGCUCUAAGCUGCUCGGCCUUCGAGGCGUCCACCUGGUGGUCAAUGUCAGCGGCAGCUACUGGGAGCUGCGCAAGCUCGACUCGGCCAUCAGCCACGCCCGCUCGGCAACGGGCAAGUCGGGCGGCGCGUACGCCUACGUGAACGCCCUCGGCUGCGACGGCGGCGGCCGCCUAGUGACCUAUGGGCGCUCCUUUGUGCUCGAAAACGGCG